UGGGUGGAGGAUGGUCAUAGUUCCUAUUGAGUGAGACUUGCCUCUAGCAUCUGUCCUUUCCUGUUCUCCUCAUGGUGCGUCUGUGGUUCCCUGGGGGCUCCUGGAUGGCAGCUCUGACAGUGGUACUGAUGGUGCUGAGCCCUCCCCUCGCUUUGGCUAAGGACACACGGCCGCGUUUCUUGGUGCAGUUUAAGGGUGAGUGCCAUUUCCACAACGGGACCGAGAAGGUGCGGUUACUGGUCAGAAACAUCUACAACCGGGAGGAGUACGCGCGCUUCGACAGCGACGUGGGGAAGUACCGGGCGGUGACGGAGCUGGGGCGGCCGGACGCCGAGUACUGGAACAGCCAGAAGGACGUCCUGGAGCAGAAGCGGGCCGAGGUGGACACGGUGUGCAGGCACAACUACGAGAUCUUCGACCGCUUCCUGGUGCCCCGGCGAGGGGAGCCUAAGGUGACUGUGUAUCCUGCAAAGACCCAGCCCCUGCAGCACCACAACCUCCUGGUCUGCUCUGUGCAUGGUUUCUACCCAGGCAAGAUUGAAGUCAAGUGGUUCCGGAAUGACCAGGAAGAGAAGGCUGGGGUGGUCUCCACAGGCCUGAUUCAGAAUGGAGACUGGACCUUCCAGACCCUGGUGAUGCUUGAAAUAGUUCCUCAGAGUGGAGAGGUUUACACCUGCCAAGUGGAGCAUCCGAGCCUGAUGAAUCCUGUCACAGUGGAAUGGAGAGCACAGUCUGAAUCUGCACAGAGCAAGAUGCUGAGUGGAGUCGGGGGGUUUGUUCUGGGUCUGCUCUUCCUUGGGGCAGGACUGUUCAUCUACUUCAGGAAUCAGAAAGGACACUCUGGACUUCAGCCAACAGGACUCCUGAGCUGAAGUGAAGAUGGUGACACUCAGGGAGGAAACUUCUGUUCCAGCUUCGCAGCAUGAAAAGGUUUCCUGCUUGGCUUCUGUUCUUCCUCACAGACAGUGCUUUCUCAGGACUUUGUUUGCUCCUGUUUAGAGACCCUGCAGACCAAUGUCCUCCCUGAUGACUCCUCAGCCCAUGCCCUUGGCCUGGAAGUCCCAGUAUUAGCUCAGCACCUUAUCACCAUUCUUUCCCAUCCCCUUUGUACCCAGCCCUGUUGCCUCCCAUGCAACUGCAGUGACCUUAUGUCAAAUUACUUUAUUAAAUUUUUCUCAAAUAAACA